AUGGCUGCCGUCGCAGCCCACGAGGCCGACGAUGUCAUGCCCGUCAAGAUCCUCAAAGGAUCCAGAAACAAGCAGCUCAAGCCUAUCAAGAUCGAGAAGUCGUCUACUGUCAAGGCCAGCGGCAAAGCCCCUGGCUCCAAGAAUCCGCUCGACGACCCCAAGCCCUCGAGCAGUCCUGGAAUUCCCCUCGUCUGCCUUGUCUGCACGAACACCCCGCGCUUCUCCGACCUCUCCCAUCUUCUGACCCACCUCAGUUCCAAGGGCCACCUUCAGACUCAAAACGAUGUGAGAAUCCGCGCCACUCAGGAUCCCGCCGCCGCGGACAAAGUUGCCACCUACGACAAGUGGUACAUGGACUAUGGUAUCGAGCGUAUGCUUGCAGAGCGCCUCAAGGCCAAGGAUGAAAAGGCGAGAGGUUUCUCGCGACUUGGACAGGGAACUUCUCAGACUCUCAAGAGAAAGAAGGCUCGUUCGACCCUUGUCAAGCGUGAGGCUGAUGACUCCAUGUUCACGCCUCCUCCCACCGGUCGACUUCUUGGCCAGCAGCAGGCCAUCACAUACUACGGUGACAACGAUGAUCUGGCCUCGGCAUCGACAGGAGUCGAUGAUGCCAUUGAGUGGGCCCCCGAUGACUUGGAGUCUGCUCGACUCAAGGGAACCGUCUGGCCGGGCAUGGGCAUCUUUGAUGCCGCCACCCCUGAUCAGAAGAAGCAGCGCAACCAGCGCAAGGACGCCUCUGUCCUUCGCAAGAUGGAGCUUUCGUCUCAGGCGAUCACCACCUUGGAGAUCGUGGCCAAUCUGGACUUGGAGUUCGAGAGAGCUCGUGAUGUCUAUGAUGCCCCUUCCGUUGAGGGAAGCCCGGUCAUCAAGAAGUCUAGACGUCGUCAGAGACGUAGCGAUGCCGCAGAGGAGGACGGCAAUGCCUUGGGAGUUGUUGUCAAGGAGGAGCUCGCUGACGAAGCCGCUCACCGUGCAUCUUCUGCUUUGGCUAUGCAGCUCCAGAAUGGUCUCUACAAGCAGGAAGAAGUUUCGGAGCUCGACAGCGAGUCCCUCUCGGAGAAGUUCGAUGUCACGAGCGACAUCGCUAGCACCGCCGAUGGUGACAGCGAUACUCUCGGCUACGCCAUGGUCGAGCUUGAUGAAUCUCACAAGGAAGGUCCCGACCGGGGUCCUGACAACCGAUUCUUCACCGUUACUGAUCGCGUCUCCGACGUGUUCCGAGGUGGCAGCGCUGCCGGCACCAAGGCUUCGACUGCGAUGAAGGAUGAGCCUAGGUCCAUCCCCGAAAACCCUCAUCAUGAACACAAGAUGACCAGCCUUGACUUCUAUGGUGUCAACAACACUCACUUGAAUCAGGCUGGAAUGACCACUGCCAUCAACAUGGACCCCAACAUCUUCAACGGAUACGCGAUGCCUGACAUGUACCACCUCAACCCGGUCUGGGGUAACCCAAUGUUGCGCGCCGGCCACCAUGGAUUCAACCCCAUCAAUGCCAAUCACAAUCAUCAGCAGAUGAUGUUCUCUCAGCAGAUGCCCAUGAUGAACACGUUCGGCAACGGCCACCAUGACCACGCUCAGGGCUCGGGCGUGUACCAGAAUGGACAUGGGGCCUAGUUGCGCAACUCGACAACGUUCCCGUUGGUGACCUGGGUUCAAUACAAGCCACCACGGCGGGGAGGUUGGGUAUGCGGAUCUGGGGUUUUAACAGACUCUUUAUCUGGGUUUCGUUCUUCGGUUUCUUUCUUUUCAAGUAAGUCUGACUUUCUGGCGAAGGCGGAAUUGGGCAGUGCUGAUACCCCACAGUUGUUCGAGUAGAUACGCAACCUUCUCCUGCGUUCCUUUACAUAACCAGACCACUUUUCAGCUCGGGGUGACGCGGGGUGAGCUUUCCUCUGGAAACGACUAACUCGCUUGCGGAUCCUCGCUAAAUGGCGUCGGGAUGGAACACAGGGUAGUUAAGAGGGCGAGAAUAGGACACAUGCUGCUAGGCUUGCUUGAUACUUGCAAGCAAGAACUCAUGGGGAAUGCGGUGGAACAUUCAUAAGCGGUGGCACUGCAAAGAGCCCCGCCAGGUUUCUAGGACUUUACCCAUCGGCCUUUUUUUGUUUCGGGAGGCAAAGGAGGCUAUAGAUAACGCAGUUUUCGGUCUUUCGCAGUCAUACCGCGUCAACUAGUCACACCAGACGCACUUUCGAGAAAUAACACAAGGA